AUGGUCUUGGAUGCGGCUCUGGCAGCAAUGCUGGAAAAGGGAAAGAAAGAAAGGAGCCAGCUCUACGCAGCUCGCACAUCCCCAAUUUCAGUUGCGUUGGGUGGAAGUCAAGUUCUUCCCGACACAGUUCCAGGAGCUGAGUUGGGGGGAAGCGGAAAAGUGAAAGAUGAUUCGAAGAAGGCAAUGGCAAAGGAAGUAGCAAAGCAGAAGAGCAAAGAGAAGGUCAAAAAUAAGAAAUGGCAGAGGAACUUGGAGUCCGAGCUUCGAGCUGUAGCCACCCCCCAGGCUUCAUUUCCAGAAACUCAGAAGGACCCUGUUGACACUCAACCCGAAGAAUUUGAGGAGAAUGUGGUGGGAACAGUGGAAUGGUCGCACUCAAAGUGGCAACACAAUCUGAGGAAGUUGAUGGUCAACGAAAACUGGAGGGACUGCGUUGUUGUUGCUGGAGGUUGGCACCUUCACUUUGCCAACGAGAAUUGCGUUCUGAGCCAUGAUGUCAAAGCGUCUCAGUUCCCUUUGACAGUCCUGAGACACCCACAGGCAGCCAAAGUUUACCGCGAGAUGACCGAAGAGAGGGAGAUGAAAGAACAGGAGCAAAUCAGAAUUGCAAAGAAAGCAGCAGACAAGAGGAGCGCAGAAGAAAAGGAGCUGGCUGCCCAGAGAUCUUCUGAAGAAAUCGAGAGGAUGAAGAAAGAAGAGAAAACAAAGCAAGAACAGCUAGCAGAAGAGAUCCGAGAAAAAGCCAGAAAGUUGAGAGACGAAUUAGACCAGAAAGAGAGAGCUACCCGAGAAGCCGAGAAGAUCGCAGAAGAGAAAAAGAUAGCUCUGGAAAAGGAGAAGGUAGCAGAAGAGAAGAGACUUGCAGAGCAGGCCAGGGAAGAUAAGGUGAGGAAGCUCGUGGAAGAGAUGAAAGCUGCAGAGAAAGCGGAAGAGGAGCAGAGGAUGGCAACGGAGAAGGAAAGGGUUUUGGAGGAACAGAGAAGGAUGGAAGACUUCAGGAAGAUUGCAGAGCAGAGAAUUUUUGAAGAGAAAACUGAGGAAAAGAAGAGGCUCGAACUCGAAAAAGAAAAAGAGAUGGAAGAAGUGAAGAUCGCAGAGAAGAAGCUUGCAGAGAAAGCUGAGGAAAAGAAGAGACUCGAACUCGAAAAAAAGAAAGAGGUUGAAGAACUGAUGAUCGCAGAGAAGAAGCGAGCAGAGGAAGCUGAGGAAAAGAAGAGACUCGAACUCAAAAUAGAGAAAGAGAUGGAAGAACUGAAGAUCGUAGAGCAGAAGAAGCUUGCAGAGGAAGCUGGGGAAAAGACGAGACUCGAACUCGAAGUAGAGAAAAAGAUGGAAGAACUGAAGAUCGCAGAACAGACGAAGCUUGCAGAGAAAGCUGAGGAAAAGAAGAGACUUGAACUCGAAAUAGCGAAAGAGAUUGAAGAACUGAGGAUCGCACAGAUGAAGCUUGCAGAGGAAGCUGAGGAAAAGAAGAGACUCGAACUUGAAAUAGAGAAAGAGAAGGAAGCAAUGAAGAUCGCAGAGAAGAAGCGAGCAGAGGAAGCUGAGGAAAAGACGAGACUCGAACUCGAAAUACAGAAAGAGAUGGAGGAACAGAAGAUCGCAGAACAGAAGAAGCUUACAGAGGCAGCUGAGGAAAAGAAGAGACUCGAGCUCGCAGUACAGAAAAGGAUGGAAGAACUGAAGAUCGCAGAGCAGAAGAAGUUUGCAGAGGAAGCUGGGGAAAAGACGAAAAAGGCGCAGAUCUUUGGAGAACAAGCAGCUGUACAGUCAAAGGAAUUUGAGGAACAACGGAUCCGAGAAGAAGUUGAAAAGCGGCUGGCAGCAAUUGAGGAGCAAAGGGCAAUUGAGGUGAACCUUCUGAGGCUAUCAUCCCAAGAUUUGCCUUCUGCGCCUGCCACGCCAUUGCCUCCGGAUCACCUGAAUCCACCCGAACUUACACCUGGAGAGGAGGAAGCAGAGAAGGAGAAGAAAGAGAAGCUGGAAAGACGCAAGAAGGCUCUUGUGAGGUGGAACAGGUUCAUGAGGACCUUGGAAUGUGAGGGCCUCAUAUGUGACAGCAGUGCACUCCACGAGCUGUACGAGAACUGGAUUGCAAGUGGUGAGGACUGGCGAAAGACACGCAUCUAUAUCAAGAUGACCGACAACUCAGGAAAGAUCGACGCUGACGCAAGGGACUGGCUGUGCAAGACCGAACUCGUUCAAAAGAUGGGAGAAGCCGGGGCUACCGCUAUGAUUAAUUUCUUAGAGGAGCAAAAACCUGAUCAGGUCCGAGACCACCCUGAAUGCAGGCAGUUCAAAGUGCAGAUCAUGGACAAAGAGGAGAAUCGCCACGAGAAUUGGGCAUCAAAAGUCAUGGAGGCCCAUGAUGAGAGCUCAUCGUCUUCCGACUCCGAGCAGCCCCGAAAGGCGCACCCGCAGAUGAUAAAUCUAGAUUAG